AUGUCAGACAUAGCGUUCGUUAGGCAAACAGAGACAAAUGAGAAGCGGAACCUUGUUCCACAAUACUCUAUUCCUAAAGAUGUUAUGAAUGAGUUGGAGAGAAAGGGCUCUUCAGAGCCAGACUUACUGAUUCAAAGAGAAGUAGCGAGAAAAGCAAUUGCUAAGGAGUCCGAAUAUCAAAGAAAGCGUUUCAAUUUAAGUUUGGAAGAUAAAAGCGAAGAAGGGAAUGAGAAGAAACGACUACGUCAUGGUGAGGGUGAAACAAGAGUGACGAAGAAAUCACGUUGGGACGUGACUGAAUCCUAUACUGUUCCGGAAAUAUCUGCUGCUACCAAGAAAGAGCUAACUAAAGAACUAACAUUCGAAGUUCCAAAUGCUAAUGAUCUUCAAAUUUUAAAGGCCGCAGACAAACACCAUUUUGGAGAGCUGCUGCUUGAGAAAUCCGACCUGACAGAAGAUGAAGUCAAGGAUAGAAAUUUUUUGAAGCUACUUUUGAAGAUAAAAAAUGGCCUCCCUUCGGCUCGCAAAUUGGCCAUGAGAAGCUUGAGAGACCAUGCUGCUGAAUUUGGUGCACCGAGGAUUUUUAAUAGACUACUGCCAAUACUUUUAGAUCGAUCGCUUGAAGACCAAGAGCGCCAUCUGAUGAUCAAAGUCAUCAACAGGAUUUUGUAUCAACUUAAUGAUCUAGUAAAGCCCUAUACGCACAAAAUAUUGAUUGUAAUUGCACCUUCUCUCAUAGAUGAAGAUCCUUUUGCCAGACAAGUUGCGAGGGAUAUCAUAUCUCGCCUCGCUCAAGCAGUAGGGCUACCAACGGUAAUUUCUAAUAUAAGAUCUGAUAUAGAUCACGAAGACGAAUAUGUCAGAAACAUUACAUCUCGUGUUAUAGCAGUGGUGGCAAAAGCUCUGGGGCCUAAUCAUCUGAUACCAUUUUUAAAAGCAGUUUGCCAUUCACGGAAAUCAUGGAGGGCUCGUCACACAGGCGUAAGAAGUAUUCAACAUCUCACAACUAUUUUGGGUAUAGGGAUUCUACCUUAUUUGAAUCCUUUUCUCGACUGUAUAGGAUAUGGACUUACUGAUGAACAUUUGCCAGUUCGAGUAGCCACCGCCCACUGUUUGGCAUCGUUGGCACAAAGUACUUAUCCUUAUGGAAUAGAAUCUUACAACAUUGUUCUGGAGCCUUUGUGGAAGGGAAUCAGAACACACAGAGGUAAAACGUUGGCUUCAUUUUUGCGGGCUCUAGCAUUUAUUAUUCCUCUCAUGGAUCCGGAGUAUGCUGGCUACUAUUCUCAGGAGGUCAUGCGUGUAGUUAAACGGGAGUUCAGCUCACCAGAUGAUGAAAUGAAAAAAGCAGUUUUAUCAGUGAUUCAAAAAUGCUGUUUGACCGAGGGGGUAACACCGAGAUAUCUCAGGGAGAAUAUUGUACCUGAGUUCUAUGGUAAUUUCUGGACUCGUAGAACGGCGCUAGAUCGUCAAAUCAGCAAAAUAGUGACAUACACAACGGUAGUAUUAGCGCAGAAAACAGGUUGUGCUCCAUCAAUAAGCUAUCUUAUUGAUGCACUAAGGGACGAAUCUGAGCCUUUCAGAACAAUGGCAGUUCAUGCUGUUAAUAGAAUAGUGAAAGCUCUGGGAACUCAAGACAUUGAUGAAAGGUUGGAGACGCGGCUAAUAGAUGCUCUUUUAAUUGCAUUUCAGGAUCAAACAAAUGAGGACCGUACUAUUUUUUACGGUUUUGGAACCGUGGCCACGUCCCUCGACACUCGGAUGAAACCUUACUUGCCUCCGAUAGUAAGCACGAUUCUCUUAAGACUGAAAAACAAAGAGGCCAUAAUCCGCCAGCAUGCAGCUGACUUAUGUGCUAUCAUUAUUCCUGUCAUCAGGAAUUGCAACGAACUUGAAAUGCUGAAUAAGCUAAACAUUAUAUUGUAUGAAUCUUUAGGAGAAGUAUACCCUGAGGUAUUAGGUUCUGUCAUAGGAGCCAUGGGUCAAAUAACUUCAUGCAUCGAAUUUUCGAAAAUGCAACCCACUGCCAAUCAAAUACUUCCCACUCUUACUCCAAUCUUGCGAAAUCGUCAUAGAAAAGUUCAACAAAAUAGUAUUGAGUUGAUCGGAAGGAUAGCAGAUCGGAGUCCAGAAUGUGUUCCACCUAAGGAGUGGAUGAGAAUUUGUUUUGAACUUCUGGAAAUGCUAAAGAGCCCUAGCAAAUCCAUCAGAAGAAUCGCUAACAAAACUUUUGGGUACAUUGCAAGGGCAAUUGGACCCCAAGACGUUUUGGUUGCAUUGCUGAAUAAUCUGAAGGUUCAAGAGCGUCAGCUUCGUGUAUGUACUGCCGUUGCAAUAGGCAUUGUUGCCGAAACCUGUGGGACAUUCACCGUUUUGCCCGCUUUAAUGAACGAAUAUAGAACCCCUGAAACUAAUGUCCAAAAUGGUGUUCUAAAAGCAAUGUCAUUCAUGUUUGAGUAUAUUGGCAGUAAGAGCAAGGAUUACAUCUACGUAACAACUCCACUUCUGCAAGAUGCUCUUACAGACAGAGAUCUAGUCCAUCGUCAGACGGCAGCAUCCGUAAUUCGUCAUCUGGCAUUGGGAUGUACAGGGAUGGGAUACGAAGAUGCUUUCUUGCACUUCUUGAAUUUACUAAUGCCUAACGUGUUUGAGACAUCACCUCAUGUGAUUGCUAGAAUCGUAGAGGGCUUAGAAGCGCUGUCAAUUGCUCUGGGCCCGGGAAUUGCUAUGAAUUACGUUUGGGGAGGCCUCUUCCAUCCUGCUAAGAAUGUUAGACGAGCAUUUUGGAAUGUUUACAAUAGUGCAUACGUACAGCAUCUUGAUGCACUUGUACCGUGCUAUCCCAUAUUGCGCAAUUCAGAAGAAAGGAUCGAAGAAUUGUUUGAGACUUUUUAA